AUGAUUUCUUGUACAAGGUUUUCCACCGUCGCAAAGAACGGAUGUGUUGCUCGAUUGUUCUCAACAUCAUUAGCCGCUAAUACGUCGGAGAGUUACUCAUUCGUCCAGUCACGUGUCGAGUACCGUAAUGAGAUUGCGUCGCUGCGUAAAGAGUUUAUUAAAGAGGAGAAGAGUCGUAGAGAGAAGCUUGCACGUGAUGCAGAGGCUCAGCGACAGAAGAUUCUAAAGGCUAAGGCAGCUCGACUAGAGAUCAAGCGCCAGCAGCAGGUUAUCCGUGCUAAGGAGGUCGCUCGUGAGAAGACCAUCCACAACGAGAAAGUCAGGAAACAUUUCGAGGAGAAGGUGGUGGUGCGUCAGGAACGGAACGCUGAAGUGGAGCGUCGUCGAGAGGCACUGGUGGCUUUGCUGCGUCAGCAAAGCGCCAAGUGGACGACUAAGGACAAUUACACGAAAAAGCUCAAGGAGGAAGUUUUCAUCUAUUCUCCACAGCAACUUUCGACCCGGGGUUCGUUCGAUCCGUCGAAUACAUCGGGUAGUGCUGUAUCAUGGCUUGAAAAGCUGCAGCGUAUGAAACCUGCUGGCGUACACGACACUAGCGAUGAAGCCGCCGCUUCCGCUGUUGCAUCGGCUGCUGAUGAGGAAGCCACUGCUUCCGUCUCUAACAAUAUCAACGAGGAUGUUGUGGAUCAUUGCAAGUCGAUAAAGAAAGACGAGUAA